AUGUCUCCAUUGCGACCAACAAUCGUUAUCCAUUUGAUGCGCAGCACAAAGCUCCGAACGCAAACUGGAGAAUCCAUUGACCCAGUAGCCAUAGAACGAGCUCACGAAUUCGCGGAAACAUAUCCCCACCUCAAGCAUAUCGCCCAUCUCUUCAGCUCACCCACAGAUCGCGAUAAAGAGGUUGCUGGGACAGCUUUCGCUCCUGUUCUAUCAAGAGGCAUCAAACAUCAAAUCCUCCCAAUCCUUCGAGCGAAUACGCGGCUGCAGGCUAUGCUACCCACGAAUGGAGUGAAAGUCGAGUUGAAAUAG